AUGACUGGUCACGGCGAAGGUGAGCAGAAUGCCGACAAUGCCCAUGUUGGGAAUAGCGGCUUCCGACGAGGCUAUUCCACACAAGGCAAGGCAUGCUAUCAUAGUGACAAGGGUCCGAUGAGCACGCACACUGUCAUCCAUCUUGAAUAUCUCCCGUCAAUUGAAUUCCAGCACUUGUGGCUACUGCUGCUGCUCAAACGGCCGCUAGAGCUUUGGCUUCCGCUGUUCCCUCUCAUUCCUUCUCAUUCCUCCCAGCUGCAGCUCAUUGUCUUGUUCCGUGCACUCUUUUGCGGCCCACGAGGAACGCUAUUAACGGCUUUGCUGUUCAUCUAUCCCGUCAAGUCACUCCUUCCAAUUGAGGUCUCGAUUGCAGAGAUUACGAGCGAAGGCUUUCGCUUUGACCGGCAGUACAUUCUAGUCAGAGAUCCUCGGAGUCACCCGACUAUACGGCCUCAUCUGGCCGAACACCUUACCGUCAAGCGGGUAUAUAAGCUGGUGCUCUUCCAGCCGUCAAUCAACGAUGAUUGGUCGGAACUGACCAUCAAACACACGAUAGCCAGACCAGAAUCUUCAAUCACUAUCCCACUCACGCCGUCACCGCUGUCAUGUCUGGACGCGCCGUCAUAUCAAGUGAGUGUAUUCGGCACCGAGGCCUCGGCUGUCGAUAUGGGAGACGGCCCAGCCGAGUUCUUUAGCAAACAUCUCGAUAUCCCCACGAGAUUACUGUUUAUCUCCGGAUCAGGCAGCCGCGAGAUCCCUGGAGCGGCGUACAUCCCUAAACACCGGCUGCCAUUAACAAUUAAGGCCGCCGGUGACCAUUUCCAACCGCAACGAAUCCGUUUCGCAGAUGCUGCUCCGUUUUUGGUUACAUCAACAGCAUCCGAAGAAGACGUCAGAUCCCGCUUGCCACCAGAUGAUCGGCAAGAAGAUGUCUUGCUCCGCUUCCGUACUAAUAUCCACGUCGACGUGGGAUCUGUUGCGCCGUGGGACGAAGACCACUGGAGAGAACUUACUGUAUUUUCAGAAGACGGAACUACGCCAAAAGCAGUUGUCCGCUGUGUCUUCAAGACCCCUCGCUGCCUGAGUGUCAACGCCGACAUCAAGACGGGAACUGGAUCCCCACGAAGCAAACAAGUCUAUGGCUUGAUAGCUAGAGAUAGACGUGUAAACAAGGCAUACCCUCUCAAACCAGUUUUUGGACAGUGGUCUUUUGCAGGCCCCAAUGGAGCUUUACUUCGAGUUGGUGACGAAAUUCGGGUUACGGAGAGGGGAGCAAAUGACAACUUGAGUGACCAUGUUGUCAAAGCUUAG